AUGAGAACUGAAGGAGCUGGCGGGUAUUUCAAGGGAUAUGUAAUAGGAACUUCAAGGAUGCAAACAAACAAGACGAGUGAAAAGGACCAUACUUCAGAAACAGCGGAGCAGAAGCAGUUAACCGAAUUCAUUACUGAAACCUGCGAACGUCUAUCUUUGAGGACAGCUUUACUAGAGCAGAAUUUAGCGGUUGCAGGUAAAUGGCCAGAUGACAGCUUUUUCGUGAAGAAAGAUUCAACCUUAAAAAAGAACACAGCUUUUGUAAAGAAAGUUCGUAAUUUUCUUGAUAGUCAGAAGGAUGCACUUCUAUCUGAAUUCGACUCUUUGAAUCUUUCUAAAUAUGUUGAAGAAGUUGCAACUGCAAUUGUCGAGGCAAAAGUAAAAAUAACUGACAUCCCGUUUAUGCUGAAAUUAUGUUCCGCUAUGUAUCAGCGAUAUUCAGAUUUCGGAGUAUUAUUUUUUGAUGCAUGGAAAAAAUCUUUUUCAUCUCACAAGGAUUUAAAAAAUACUAAUCUGUCUAAGCUUCGAGUUGAUUUGGCAUUGUUUGCCGAUCUUAACACAAUUGGUAUAUUUCGGGAGGUUGACAGUAUGCGUCUAUUAGCUGCACAAUUGACUACCCUAGCCACAAAUGAUCAUGAAAACUUUUCUAAUAUCGGGAUACUAAGCAGUUUCUGUAGACAUUGCAGUGAUGACUGGAUUGGUGUCAUUCCGCGUCGCAUAAGACUAUUAUCUGAGAAGUAUGAAAAGCCGGUUCCACGCUCCACUUUUAUGUCAUCUGAACGUCAAGCAAAGUGUCGUGCACUUUUCAAUGACUAUUUGGCUGCAGCUAUGCGUCGUUUACAAAACAUGGUCAAAGAAACCCAACGAAUCAUUUUAGGAAACCGGGAUCAACUUGAAAAUCGUGGUGAAGUAAGUGAAGAACGUCAAGAGCGAGCAGAGCACUUAAUGUCUGCCUGUCGUAAAUUUCAUGAAUCAUUGAUCAGUUUAGCCGAUCUUUUGGAUGCAGAUCCACCUCCUGAGUUUUCGUCCUGA